CUAUGUUUUGUUUUACCGGGUAUGGCCGUUUUUCACCAGAGCUAGCAACAGCUCUUGUCCCUGCGAAGGGCAGCGUCGUCGAGGACAGGGGUUGGUGCCCAAACCCCUUAAAGCCUCCACAUGCAACUCAUUUUCUUCCUUUUCUUUGAUCGACAUAUCUCUCUCACAUCUAAUACUGCUUCUUCGAUUCUAGUGUUCACUUCUCUAAUCCCCCAAUCUUAGUCUUUCCUGAACCAACUUCAAAAAAAAAUAAAAAUAAAAAUAAAAAUCCUGACCCAUGUAAAUACUUCCUCUUGGAAUUUCUAACAACCACUAUCUGGUCCUUUCCUCCUCCAGAUUUAGAGGGACCAAUGGGGAAAAGAGUUAAGAAAAAGAGCCGUUCACUGCAGAAGGAGAAGCGAGCUACAGCCCAUUCUCCUAAACCCCAGCAAGUCAAUCCUAGUGUUGAUAACAUUGAUGGAAUUACAGUGCUGAAAGUGAGAAAAUCUUGUGCCCACCUCAACAAGGGUUUUAAUCUAAACAGUUUGUCUGAGAAACUUGGAUCUUCGGAUCCUUCACAGUGUGAGGAUUGUAAUGAAGGCGUGGCCAAUAAGAGAGGGGCAAAGGGGAAAGGCAAACAUGGCAAGAAGAAAGUGCCAGUUGUUUCAAAAUCUGAGCCCAAAGCCAUUUGGGUGUGUUUAGAAUGUGGGCAUUAUGCCUGUGGUGGUGUUGGUUUACCAACAAUCCCCCAUAGCCAUGCAGUUCGGCAUGCUAGACAAACCCGUCAUCCAUUGGUGAUCCAAUGGGAAAACCCCCAUCUCCGUUGGUGCUUCCAUUGUAGUACACUAAUUCCAGUUGAGACAACAGAAGAAAAUGGUGAAAACAAAGAUGCAUUAUUUGAUGUUGUAAAAUUAAUCGUGACAUGGUCAUCAGAAAAGCCAUCAGUGGAUGUUGAGAAUCUAUGGUUUGGAGGUGGCAGUGUUGCAAGUGAAAUCAAAGAAGAAGGCACUAUAUCAGGCAGCUUAGAGGGAAGAGGCCAUUACAUGGUAAGAGGCUUGGUUAAUCUUGGGAACACUUGCUUCUUUAAUUCUGUGAUGCAGAAUUUAUUAGGUAUUAAUAAGUUGCAAGAUUUCUUUUUCAGUCAAGAUGCAUCUUUUGGGCCACUUACUAUUGCCUUGAAAAAGCUCUAUGAUGAAACGAAACCAGAGACUGGUUUAAAGAAUGUUAUCAAUCCAAGAUCCUUUUUUGGGUCUGUCUGUUCAAAAGCUCCUCAGUUUAGGGGAUACCAGCAGCAAGACAGUCAUGAAUUGUUGCGUUGUUUACUUGAAGGUCUGUCAUCUGAAGAGUUGGCUAUGAGAAAACAAAUAAAUGCUUCCAAGGAAGAUGGAAUCCCCUUGAAACAUGGCCCUACCUUUGUGGAUUCUCUUUUUGGUGGUCAAAUUUCAAGUACUGUUUCUUGUAUUGAAUGUGGGUACUCCUCGACUGUAUAUGAGCCAUUUUUAGAUCUCUCCCUCCCAAUUCCAGCCAAGAAGCCUCCAACUAAGAAGGUCCAACCAGUCACUAGACCAAAGAAAACAAAGCUGCCACCAAAGCGAGGGGGAAGGAUUCGAGGAAAAGCUAACAAAGAUACAGAUACAGUGUCAGCAGACUCAGCACCAAGUAUUUCAAACCCCUCAGCUGGCAAUGAGUAUUAUAACCAAAAGCAUACAACUGUACCUAAUGUGGUGACUUCUGGUGAUGCUGCAGGAUCAGAUUCUAUUUGCUUAACUACUGUGCCUGAUAAAAGUGGUUCACCAUCAGAGCAUUUUUCAGCAUCUCCAAAUAUUGAUAAUGAGCAAGAGGCUACACUGGAGCAAACAGCAGCUUCUUUUGAGGACUUCUCCUGGAUGGAUUAUCUUGAACCUGAAACUAUAUCAGAUGAGCAUGAUUUCACUUCACAAAAUAAUGAUGUUUCAACUAGUCGGUAUUCUGGAACUAUGAAAUCAAAUGAUGAAUUAAUGGAGAACAUUCAGCUAUAUUCUGUAGAUGGGGAGCCACAUCUAAAGCCAGGUUCUUCUUCUGUGAAUCAUCUGGAAAAGGAGGUCCAUUUAGAGGUUAGAAGCUCAGAAGUUCUUCUGCUUCCAAACAAGGAGGAGAGUUUUACCCAUGGGGGGAUAAUUAAAGGAGAAGCUGAGGCUUCCUCCAGUGUUGUAGGAUGCGGACAAGAUGAAGCAGACUUUGAUGGCUUUGGCGAUCUGUUCAAUGAGCAGGAGGUUUCUUCAGGAUCUGUUGCAGGGCCCUCUUUAGACAAUGAAACUGUGGGGACUGGUUUUACAGCAGGAAACAGCAGCGAGUCUGAUCCAGGUGAAGUUGGUGAUAGCGAUUCUCCAGUGUCUGUUAAGAGUUGUUUGGCUCAUUUUAUAAAGCUGGAGCUUCUUUCUAAUGAUAAUGCUUGGGAAUGUGAAAGCUGUUCAAAAACCCUAGAAAGGUUGGAAGCCAAGAAGAAGCAAGGUAAAACUGUAUCAAAAACUAUGAUAAACGGAAGUGAGAUUCGAGUCCAAAGUCAUCCACCAAAUUUAGACAACAUCUCAUGUUCUACAGAAACCAGAGACCUUCAUAAUGGAGAUAUUAAUACCAAUUCUUUUCUUGACUCUACUGGUGAAGGUUUAGUUUUGGAUAAUGGAAAAUUUGAUUCCUCUAAUCGAAAUUGCAUAGGAACUGAAAUUAGUCAAAAAGAUGAGCUAAAACCAAUUGUUUCUCGAAGUGAAGAACAUAUGGGUGAGAUGACUUCUGCUCUUGUGGAGCAAACUCAUUCUUCUGCUCACUAUGAAUCAUGUAGUCAUGGGAGUUUCAGCUGUCCAGCUGUUGAUUCUUCUAGACUUAGCGGGUAUGCAACUGUUAAAGAUCAAAUGGAUGAUUCCCAACUCUCUGGAAGUUCUGGAGCUGAGGAAGAUGAGGAGAAAAUGUCCAGAAAAGUGAAAGUGAAGAGGGAUGCUACUAAGAGAGUCCUCAUUGAUAAAGCCCCGCCUAUUUUGACUAUUCAUCUGAAGAGGUUCAGCCAAGAUGCCCGCGGUCGUUUAAGUAAAUUGAAUGGCCAUGUUAAUUUUGGUGAGGUGCUUGAUCUAAGGCCAUAUAUGGAUCCCAGCAUUUUGCAGGCAUGCAGACAGAGAGAAAUAUGUGUAUCGUCUGGUUGGGAUAGUGGAGCAUUCAGGAACAAUGAGAGGAGGUCACUAUGUGGCAUAUGUGAGGGGAGGUGAGAAAAGCAAAGGCAAGGCAGAGAAUGAAAAUGGGGGGUUUGAGUGGUAUCAUGCUAGUGAUGCCUAUGUACGUGAGGUUUCCUUGGAAGAAGUUCUUCGCUGUGAGGCCUACAUUUUAUUCUAUGAGAAAAUCUGAUAUUUUAAUUUAUUUUUCCAACUCAUUUGAUUCUUGUUUGGUAUAUAGUGGGAUCAACUAGCGAUCCCCCGAGAGGAGAGAGGAGAGAGGGAGAGAUAAAUGUGUAACAAUAUUGCAUCAUCAUAUAUUUUCAUACCCAUUUUUUUUGACAUGUAAUGAGGUCAGAGCUGUAAUAUGUGCAUUAUGAAAUUACAUCAGGAGAAUUCAUUUUCACUU